CGCGCGGACUCCUCUACUGCGUCACCCGGUGCCGGUUAAGCAAGCGCGCGCGGAAUCGUCGUAUCCCUUUCAUCCGUUCAUCAUCUCUACACCAUGAGUGAGAGACCAGGAUCCGGAGUACCAACUGGACUCAGCAAACCCUCAGGGGGUGACGAUGCAUCCAAGAAGGACGUCCCCCCUGAGGACUUUGAUAUCGACCUGGACGCACCAGAGACGGAGAAAGCCGCUGUCGCCAUCCAGUCGCACUUCAGAAAGUACCAGAAGAAGAAGCAGGAUCCGAAGCCAUAAGCUGAGCCGGCUGAAUGCGGCCCGAAACUGUUUGCAUGUUCAAUAAAAGCGUACCGUCAUGGACUCACGGGUGGGGAUUCUGUGGUGAUGGCAAGGGAAGGUGGGACUAAGGGAAAAGGGGACUUAAAGUGAAUCAUCAUUGCAUCCAUCUGGAACAAUAAGCCUGAUGUUUCAGAUUUUAUUUCUCUGUAUGUUUUAAUUUUUUUACUAAAUAAUUUCUCUUGUAUUGGUUCGGAAAGCUUAUUGAAUAUCAUGGCUUGCAUACUCAAAAGAAUAUCUCCCACUCAAUAUGUUCAUCUGUGAUCAUAUUCUGUUCAUAACAAAGAAAUGAAGCUACAAAAAUGUAUAAAAUACUGUACAUGUUUGGCAUUACUGUAAGUCUGGCUUUCUUUUGAUGACAGUGUUAUUUUGGAACAAAACAAGCAACUCUGAAUUAUGAACAAUCUUAUUAGUCCUGUUCCUUUUUAUGAUUGUAUCACUCCCAUGUGCACUGGUUACUGUAUUUAUUAUUUGUUGUCGUCUGGCUACAUAAGUGUGUUUUGUGCUUCUUUAAACCUUAGUUUAAUCAGCUAAAUGUGCCAUGUGCUACACUAUACUGUCCAUCCAACACUUUGAAAUGAUGUACACUCUUAAUAUUAGCAAAUAAAUAUUUAAAGAACAGAGCAGACGGCU